AUGGUAGGGAUCUUUGGAACUCGUGGAAUUGGUAAGACAACUCUCUCUAAAGCUAUCUACAACUCGAUUGAUGCUCAGUUUGAACGUAGUUGUUUUCUUGAAAACAUUAAAGAAGCUUCCAGCCAAAGGGAUGGUCUAAUCCAAUUGCAAAAUAAACUUCUUUCAAAGAUCUUAGGAAGUUCAAGUCCAGUGGUUGACAAUGUUGAUCGUGGAAGUACUUUGAUAAAGCAUAGACUUUCCCGUUUAAGGAUACUUUUAGUUCUUGAUGACGUGGAUGAUUUAGUCCAAUUAGAAAAGCUAGCUAGAAAAGGCGAUUGGUUUGGCUUAGGAAGUAGAAUCAUCAUAACAACAAGAGAUAAACUUUUACUUCGUGCACAUGGAGUGGAUUCAAUAUACGAGGUGAAUAAGUUGGAUCAUGAUGAAUCUCUUCAACUUUUUUGUUCGAAUGCCUUUAAAAGAGACAAACCUAAUGAUGGUCAUCGGGAUAUUGCAGAAAAUGUUGUACGUUAUAGUGAAGGAUUGCUACUAGAUUUAACAACGCAAGGCUUGGCUCUAAAGGAAAAGAGAUAUGCUUUGUCGGAAUAG